GGUCGUGCCGCGCUCGGCUCUGUCAGUGGGGGGAACGCCAGGGACGGGAGCGUGGGCAGCGGCUCCGAGCCCGCCAUGCUCCGCCGGUCCCGCUCGGCGCUCGCCGUCCUCCCGGCGCUGUUCCUGCUGCCGCUGCUACUUGGCGGCCGCCCCGCCGCCGCCCGCUGCCCCGCGCCCUGCCGCUGCUCUGGGCACCUCGUCGCCUGCAGCCGCCUGGAGUGGAGCCGGCUGCCCGAGCGGCUGCCCCGGGGGGCGGUGCAGCUGGACUUAAGUCACAACAAAUUAUCUUCAAUCAAGACCAGUAUCUUGGAUCACCUUCAUAGUCUUCAGGAAGUGAAGUUGAACAACAAUGAACUGGAGAUAAUUCCAGAUCUGGGACCAGUCUCGGCAAAUAUAACUCUUCUGUCUUUGACGAAUAACAAUAUUGCCAACAUUUUGUCUGAACAUCUGAAGCCAUUUCAGAGUCUAGAAACUUUGGACUUGAGCAACAACAACAUAUUGGAGCUAAAAAUUUCAUCAUUUCCAUCAUUACAACUCAAGUAUCUGUAUAUUAACAGUAACCGAAUAACCUCUAUGGAGCCUGGUACCUUUGACAAUUUGUCUACCACACUUCAAGUAUUGAAACUGAACAGGAACAAAAUUUCAGCAAUUCCUCAAAAGAUGUUUAAACUGUCCCAUCUGCAGCACCUGGAGCUGAAUCGCAACAAAAUAAAAAAAAUAGAUGGUCUCACUUUCCAAGGACUUCCUGCUUUGAAAUCAUUAAAACUGCAGAGAAAUGGGGUUAUGAGGCUCAUGGAUGGUGCUUUCUGGGGUUUGACCAACAUGGAAGUCUUGCAGCUGGACCAUAAUAACUUAACAGAGGUAACCAAAGGCUGGCUUUAUGGCUUACUGAUGCUGCAGCAACUCCAUCUCAGCCAAAAUGCCAUCAGCAGGAUCAGUCCUGAUGCCUGGGAAUUUUGCCAAAAACUCAGUGAACUAGAUUUGACAUUCAAUCAAUUAACAAGGUUAGAUGAUUCAAGCUUCAUUGGGUUAAGUGUGCUGGUUGGACUGUACAUUGGAAACAACAAAGUAAAUUACAUUGCUGAUUGUGCCUUCAAGGGACUUUCCAGUCUACAGAUUUUGGAUCUGAAAAACAAUGAAAUAUCAUGGACUAUUGAAGAUAUGAAUGGUGCUUUCUCUGACCUAGAUAAACUUAAGAAGCUGAUGCUCCAAGGAAACAGGAUUAGAUCCAUUACAAAGAAAGCAUUUUCUGGUUUGGAUGCACUUGAACACUUAGAUUUAAGUAACAAUGCAAUUAUGUCAGUUCAAGGAAAUGCAUUUUCACAAAUGAAGAAACUCAAAGAAUUGCACUUUAACACAUCAAGUCUCUUGUGUGACUGCCAGUUGAAAUGGCUACCACAGUGGAUGUCAGAGAACAGCUUCCAGAGCUUUGUAAAUGCCAGUUGUGCCCAUCCUCAGCUGCUGAAAGGGAGAAGUAUUUUUGCUGUCAGCCUAGAUGGGUUUGUCUGUGAUGAUUUUCCUAAACCACAGAUCACUGUCCAGCCAGAAACCCAGUCAGCAAUUAAAGGCUCCAAUUUGAGUUUUGUGUGUUCAGCAGCCAGCAGCAGUGAUUCCCCAAUGACUUUUGCAUGGAAGAAAGACAACGAAUUACUGCAAGAUGCUGAAAUGGAGAAUUACGCACACCUCCGAGCCCAGGGUGGAGAAAUGAUGGAGUACACCACCAUCCUUCGACUGCGCAAUGUGGAAUUCAGUAAUGAAGGGAAAUACCAGUGUGUUAUUUCAAAUCAUUUUGGUUCAUCCUACUCUGUCAAAGCCAAACUUACAGUAAACAUGCUGCCUUCAUUUACAAAAAUCCCUAUGGACUUAACCAUUCGAGCUGGGGCAAUGGCACGUUUGGAGUGUGCUGCAGUUGGGCAUCCUAUCCCACAGAUUGCUUGGCAGAAAGAUGGUGGAACAGAUUUUCCUGCAGCACGCAAGAGGCGCAUGCAUGUCAUGCCUGAAGAUGAUGUAUUCUUUAUUGUUGAUGUAAAGAUUGAGGACACAGGUGUUUACAGCUGUACAGCUCAAAACACUGCUGGAAGCAUUUCAGCUAACGCAACAUUAACCGUACUAGAAACACCAUCAUUUUUGCGGCCUUUGCUGGAUCGAACUGUAACAAAAGGUGAAACUGCAGUCUUGCAGUGCAUUGCUGGUGGUAGCCCUCCACCCCGACUGAACUGGACUAAGGAUGACAGCCCUCUUAUGGUAACAGAAAGACACUUCUUUGCUGCAGGCAAUCAGUUACUAAUUAUUGUGGACACAGAUGUGGAAGAUGCUGGGAAAUACACUUGUGAAAUGUCUAAUACACUUGGAACAGAACGAGGCAACAUCCGUCUUAAUGUAAUUCCUACUCCCACCUGUGACUCUCCUCAAAACAUUGCCCCAUCACUUGAUGAUGAUGGAUGGGCCACAGUUGGCAUUGUGAUCAUAGCUGUGGUUUGCUGUGUGGUGGUCACUUCCUUGGUGUGGGUGGUCAUCAUCUACCACACCAGAAGGAGGAAUGAAGAUUGCAUCAUCACAAAUACAGAUGAAACAAAUUUGCCUGCUGACAUUCCAAGUUACCUAUCAUCCCAGGGGACACUGGCUGAAAGGCAGGAUGGAUAUGGCUCAUCUGAAAAUGGCAGUCACCAUCAGUUCCUCUCAUCUUCUGUAGGAGGGUAUUUCCUGCAGCAGAGGGAUAGUAAUGGCAUUUGCCAUCUAGAUAACAGCAGUGAAACAGACUUGGAGGGUGUUGCAGAUCCAUUCCUAUGCCAUUAUCUGGGGACUUCGGGGACUUUGCAUUUAAAAGGUGGCGCUUACAGUUCUGACGCAUUUGAAGCAUACAGUACAAGUUGCAGCCCUGACCAGAGAACAGCAGGCUUGGGCCCUUAUGAGUCUGGAUAUUUAAAGAAAAAGGAAUGCUGUCAAUACUCACCUCCACAGGAAGAUCCCUUUGACCAGUGUGUUGGCAUUAUUGGGACACAAACUACAAAUAGCAGAUUGAUGAACUCUAUUUAUACUCAAAAUGAAGGAACUGGACUGAAAAGCAAAACUCUCAACUCAGGCACAUUUGAUUUAAACAGAAGUUUGGAAUCCUCAUCCACGAGUAAAAGCACUUUCAUGGGAACAUUUGGAAAACCUUUAUGGAGGCCUCAGCUGGACUCUCUUUCAAGCUGUAAACAGCCAGCAAAUUGCCAGCCAAAAACCUCCCAUAAUAAUCAUCAUGUCUCACUGGACUUUGAUGCACAGGCAGAUGAAGAGGGAAAGGAAAGGACAGUUUCUAGAGGAGAAAGUAACUUUUAUGCUUGCAAACAGUCCUUUGAAAAUUUUAGGACUUCUACUUUCCAAUCCUGUGAUUCGGAUACGUAGCUCCUUUUGGACUUAACAAUUUCUGGAACCAAAGAAAUAAUUUGACAUACUACUACCUCAGUAUGGAACUUUAUUUAAAAAGGGAAUAAGGAGAAGAAGGGAAGAAAGAAAUCACAUGAUGCUCUGAAAUCAGAAGAAAAAAAAAUCUUUUGCCAAUAAAGCAUAAUUUCCAAGAUGUUCUACAUUGGUUAUACAGGGAAAAAAUCCUUAGAAAAAUACUAUAUUUGUAUUUAUUUUAUAGCCUUUUUCUAAUGCAAAUAAUAUGUUUUGUAAAUUAAUGGUGUAAAUAUUACAGUGUAUGUAUUUCUAUGUCAGACUUCAUUUUCUUGAAAUGAGCAGUAAGCAUUCUAAUUUUGUACUGUUACUUGUACCUUUUUACAAAUGGAAACUCCAUGCUGUUUGCAGGUAUCAUGCAUCUUAUUUGCACAUUACUUUAAUAAAAUAUGCUGCCGCGUGGUCUCUGACCCGUAUUAGUGUAUGAAGAAUGAAAAGUGUGAAUUACGUUUGUAGACAGUGUUGCAAAUGUAGGUGCUUUCUGAUGCAUGUUUGCACCUUCAUUUGACUUAAACUUGUACCUUUAAAUUUACUGUGUAAAAUAUGUUCAUCUUCAAAGAGUGGGUGUGGUCCUGCCACACUGCUGGUAAGGUGGGCUGCAGCUAUUUGAACUAAAGCAAGGCUGUAAAUCCUCCAGUCUGAAUUCCCCCUGUCAGAUGUGCACACAUAUGCUCUCAGUUUUCAUGCCUGUGAGGCUGUAGUACCAGCAGUUUCCCUGUGCCUUUGGUAGUGUGCCUGCAUCUGGUGGAGGGAUAUACACAGCAGAUGUACAAAUUCACAUCAAGCUAUUUAGUAAAAGAAAAAAAAAAAGGCGCUGGAUAUCUGCCUGGUAACCUAGCUUUUCUCUGAGUGGCUUAGUGUCAAGUGUUUGCCAAAUAUGCAGUGCGUACCUGAGUCUUUGCUUUCCCAUACCCUUUCUCCCUCUUUUUUUGCUUCUGCAGCCACUCCCUGCUCAACAUGACGACGUAAUCCAAGAAUAAGAUAAUGGUUUUUUUUUGUUUAAUUCAUUCCUUAUUUGGCUGCCCUUCUCUGGAUACAGAUGAGAUCUGUGCUUUAUUUAAUUGCUCAGUCAAGUUGAGCAAUUGUAGACUCUUGCUGGAUUAUAUUUGUAGUUAUGAACCCAGUAUCUUUACCUAUACAAGAGGAAGAGGAUUGCUUACUAUAAAACAGUAGUUAAAACUGAGUGAAAACAGUCUUUGUGUUUCCACGGUGCCUAUUGUUUUAAAAAGCUGUGAAUCCUGUUGUCAUCGCUGCAAAACAGUGAUGACUUCAAAAUGGUUAAUUCUACAGGACAUUGGCUUUUUAAGUCUGCCUGCUUUGAAGGUGCAAACGUACAUGGUUGCCAAAUAGCUUCUUUUAAACUAAAUUGAAAGCAGCUGUUAGAAUAGGCCAUCACAGGCAUCAUGGCUAAAGUGAGAGCAAAGAUUUUGUUGCCUGGUGUAGCUGAACUAAGGGCUUUUAGUUGUCUGCAGCCAGAAACCUGGUACCCAGAUUGCAACGCAAUUUCCCUUUAAUUUAGGCACCAGUAUUAGAGACAGGAAGUUAAUCCAUCCUUAGUCACUGGUGGUCUAAGCAUACAGAAUGGAUUUUGCGUGCUUUAGUUGAUCAUAUUGCCAGAUUUUUUGACUUACUGUUAAUUUGUCUUCAUUGCUGCCAGAUGUGCUGAUGUGGUGAAAGACAUUGGUACAAGUAUUUGAUUCUAAUUAAGUGCAUUUGAAAGAGAUUAAUUUUUCCUCAGUUAAGCACAAACCUGUAGGUCAAUAGGGCAAGAAAUCUAAAAUUUGAUUCACUCAAUAUCUCUCCUUUUUCUCCCCCAAAACCCACUCCCCAGUGGCCCUGUUUUUAGGGAGAGGAGAGCUGGGGCCUGUGAUCACUCCUGUUAAUAACCAGACAUUGCUUUCUGACAUAUUAAAAAAUACCCAAGUUAAAAACACUAACUCCAGAUUUAGUGUUUAUCCUUAAGAACUCCAUGUUAAAGAUCCCUCAUGAAAAACAAGCUUUAAAUUCUGUCGUGGGUGAAGGUUGAGAACAGUGGCAAUGUCAUUCCUUUUUAAUCUCCUUUGCAAAGAUACUAAUCUUCCAAAGGCUUGGAUGUCUGUACCUAAGUAAAUGUUCAGGGUCAGUGACUGAAUUUUAAGUGCUUUUUAUCAAGUUGCAUUUAGCAAUCUAGACAUAGGAAUUACUUAAAAUUUUAUUUGAUGCUUUAAAUGCCCAGAAAUGGAAAUGAAAGCUCUCAAGUCCUCUUUUCUGCUAGCUUGAGUUUUUAUGUUUUAUAAGUGGAUUGUGCUUAAAUAUACAGUGGGUAUCUGUAAAGUGCAAGAUACACUGUAAAGUUUCAAUAACUUAGUACUUCUUUUUAAACCGGAGAUGUAACCAAACACCUGUUUUAAAGGCUUGGAAGUUUCCUUGCCUUUUUUUUUUUUUUUUCCUCCCCUCUUAAGAUGCAGAUGUUAGUGAGCUGGUAGUUGGGUAUUUACUGAGCUGAAAAGUAAAUUGUAAGUUGAUGUGAUGGGGAAAUAAAUUGCAGCCAACCCUGAGUAAAGCUUGCACUGCAUCUCAAGAGUUAGAAUGAGAAACAAGUGUUGUGUUGCUGAAUGACAAAACAGACAUUUUGCAGUUUUAUGACCAGCAGCAGCUGGAAUCUUGCCAUGGGCUCGCUUAAAACUUACAGAAUGUUCUUUGAUAGCAGUAUCCACUUAAUGCUUUACACAACAAAAUGUUUUGCCUGUUGAACUCAUACAAGCAGUUGCUGAGGUAUAGUUUCUGCAAGCCCUAAAUAGUUUUAGAUAAAUGGAGUUAAUAAUUUACCACAGUUUCUCUGGCACAAACAUUUCCUAAAUGAACAACCUAAAUGGUGUGUCUGAGAUGACACUAGGGAUACCUGCAUACUGACGGGUGUUACAAUUUCAAACAACCUUAUGGAUUACUUCUGUAUUUCAGCAGCACAUGCUUUAAUUUACAAUUCCUAACUUAAGGGGAUCUUGAAAAAUGGCAAAGAGUUAGAUGCAAAGCUUUCUGCAACUGAGGGCUCAUUAGUGUCACCAAACAUUUCAGUCUCGGGGAUCUCUUGAACACUUAAGCCUUAUUCUUUGAGCUGCUUCAAAGAAGCUUAAAACUAAGACUUAGCUUUGUACUGCAAACAUUUGUGUUCUGCCAGUCUUACAAACCAGGACUAUAAUUGAGCAUUGUGUUUCUUCUUGAUUAUAAACAUAAGGAGAAAUUCUAUUAGCUACCUGCAAGAUUUCUUGUUUGGAUAUGACACAUCUCAGAGAAUUAUACUUUCUCAAUGAAGUCGUCUUUUUUGCUCACUUUGUGUAUUGCUUUGUCAUAGAGAAUGUGUCUUGACUAGUUGGAUGUUAAUUUACAAGUCUUGUGAAACUAUUUCAUUAAAAAAAUAGAGACGGGAACCUCCACCUGUUUAGUGAAGAGGAAAAAAACAAUGUAUAACAAGAUGCAGUUUGGGUGCAUACCAUUUUACUUUGAUUAAGAACUUUCCAGAUGCCUUCUGUUUUUAUAUUUCAGGGAAUUGUUACAAGAAGGAAUAAAAGCAACAAUGUCUUGACUCA